GGAGAUGGAGAGAGAGAGAGGACCAAUGAGGGAGAUGGAGAGAGAGGACCAGGGAGGGAAGGAGAGAAAGAGAGACUGACAGAAUAUCUGCAGGUUAGUGUGAUACUCAGCAGCUAGAACGAUCAUUUAGGACUGGAGAAGAGAGGAAGGGAGGAAGGAUCAUUUAGGACUGGAGAAGAGAGGAAGGGAGGAAGGAUAAUUUACAACUGGAGAAGAGAAGAAGAGAAGAAGGGAAGAGGAGGGGAUAAAGAAACAACAAAAGAGCAGAAGAGAGGGAAGGAGACACAAUAUAAGAGGGAUAGAGACAAGGAAGAAGAACUCUUGAGAUAAGGAUAGGAGAGCAGGAGAGGAGAAGAGUAGAGUAGAGAAACCAAAGGAAAGGCAGACGGGAGAGACAGAGAGGAGAGGCAGAGAGGAGAGGCAGAGAGGAGAGGCAGAGAGGAGAGGCAGAGAGGAGAGGUAGAGAACAGAGGUAGAAAGGAGAGGCAGUCGAGAGAAUAGUAGAGAAAUCGACAGGAGAGCAUCAGUAGAGAGAGUCAGUUCAGAGGUAGAAGCAGAGGAGAGACAGGCAUGGUCUGGGGGGCUCUGUCUCCUCUGCAGUGGGCUCGGUGGGGCUGGGACACCCUAUACAGAGACACCAGCCCUGGGGAUGGGGACAGCCCUACUAACCCUACUCUGGGGAUGCUCCAGAGACUGUCCUGGGGGUCCCAACACCAUGCCAUGAUCCUGGCCAGACAGAGGAGCUCAGACUCUGACGGAGCGUUCGAGACACCGGAGUCGACCACCCCUGUCAAGUCCCCCACUGGAGAGACAGAAAAUCAUACCCAGCUGCUGACCUCGGAAGACACCGGUCUUGGCUGUGACUCUGAGGCAGAUGGUGAACCCGGGUCAGAGGCUAAAGGUCACCAUGGUAGCUCCCUGUCCAUAGUCUUUGACGAGGACAAGCCCAUAGCUGCUAGUGGAGCGUAUAACCUAGACCAGCUCAUAGCUGCUGCUGCUGCUGCUGCUGAGGCCCAGAGUCGAUCAACUCUAACCCGCUCUCUGAGCCUCCAGGCUGGGGAGCUAGACGGCUCCGGCCCCCUAGACAGCGUAGGAUCCUCCCUCUCAAUCGGAGACUCCCGUGCCUUGGCUGAGGCCUUUAGUAUCGACAGUGGUACUGAGAGUGCUCCUGGGACCCUCCGCAGACCGUCCAAGAAGGGGCCUCUCCGCCCUGGCGGCUCCCUGAAACAGAAGCCUCUCCUCAGGCAGAGCUCUAACCCAGAGAGCCCCCAACCUCCAUCCUCUGGUAUCACACCGGAGCUGAAAAAGAGCACCAGAACAUCUAGCCCCCUAUUGGGCUCCGAUGACCAGGAAGUAGGAGGAGCCACAACAGACUCUGGCCCUGCCUCGGCCACGCCCAGUCCAGGAGGCACGCUCCGCAGAACCAGGAAGUCACGUGUGGAAAGCCCCGCCACUCUCAUUGAAGAGACCAAUCACACUAGCCCAGCGACAGAUAACCAACCAAUCCCAACCCCUACUCCUGUUCCGACCCAGGCCAUUUCCAUACCCCUCCGACAGGAGGAUACCCCCAUCCCAGUGCCGGAAGCCCCUCUCCCAGCCAGUGAGGGCUCCUCUCCCAUCCCCCCUAGUGGGGCCUACAAAUGGGACCCAGACAACUUUGAGGACAUCGACCCAUUCAACACCGGAGGUAGUAAAGUAGCUAACUCCCCCCCGUUGGGACGGAAAGGAGUCUCUAACUCCCCCCCGUUGGGACGGAAAGAAGUCUCUGCGUCCAUUGCUCACAAAACUAUCACCCCUGUGUCUAACCCCCCUCCUGUCUCUACUGAGGAACAAGCUCGUCCCUCUACCAGCCCCCCUAUUCGCACCUCAGGGGCGGUCAGACUGGAGUUUGACUAUUCUGAGGAGACCCUCGAGGAGCCUCCUAAGGCCUCUCCACCUCCCAAGAAGCUGGGCAGGAAGCCAGGCUCCAAGAUGCCUCUGAGGAAGCCCAGGAUGGGCCUGAAGAAGGUCGUCCAGCCGCCAUCGGAACCCCUAGACAACACGCCCGCCACCGUCCCCGGUGAUGACCUCCCUAUCCAUAAGGCUUCCUAUAACUUUGACCCCGCCCAGUGGGACGACCCUAACUUCAACCCGUUCGGCUCUAACAGCGAGAUCCCCGUCUCUCCCAAGCUGAACAAACCCUCCCGUAGAUUCAACUCUGACACCUUCGACGAGUCUGCUGCCUUCAAGUCCUCCUCCAAUAGCAUGGCUGCGUCUCCGCCCACGGCUGCCUCAGGCUCCGCCUCCUUUGAGGUGUCGGCCAAUGACAAUGAGGUUGAUAACGAUAAUGAUAACGUUGGGGAGCUGGAGGACCACAACCAGAACAAACCAUCCAAAACGAAGAAGAAACCUAUCAAAUCGAACACUUUCAGAGUCAAGAGGUCCCCAAAGAGGUCGGCCAUGUCUGAUCCAUCAUCACAAGAGCCCACCCCAGUAGAUGAAGCCCAGCCUCCUAUCCCCCCGCUACAGGACGACCACGCCACAGACGAGGAGAAGUUGGCCUCUUCCUCCAAUCACAAAGAGAAGCUUGCUUCCUCAGCCAAUCACAAAUGGGAAUCCAUGGAGGCGGAGCUAACCUCUGACCCCCAGGAGGACUUCCCGCAGCCAUCUGACCUCACAGCCUUCGUCAACGAGAACAAUCGAGUGCCAGACUAUGAGAUUGAGUACAUGGAGAAGAUCGGCCCCCCUUCGCCGACUCUGUUUGUGAAGAAACCUUCGACUCUCUACCUGAAGCUGGACUCUGUGACAGACAGCCUGACCAAGCCUAACCAAGGAUCAGAACUCAACUCUCCCUGCACAGGGUACAACACACUGGGGAGUUUUGAGGAGAUAGAGGCCCAGAUCACAGCCCAGAUGAAGACUCCUGUGUUGGGCUCCAGACCUGGUCCAGAAGGGUCUCGACCCGGUCUUGAGGGGUCCACUGGAGAGAAAGAGAAGACCAGGAAGAGAGAGAGCCAGUCACUCAGCCGGACACAGAGCACAGACAUUGAGCAUGGUGCGAAACCCACCCAGGGCUCUAUGGAGGUCCAAGGUCCAGCCCCUGGCCCAUCCCCAGACGUACCCUUCUUAGCCAGGCUGUCUGAGUGCCCUGACCCCCUAGCCUACCUGGAGGCUGUGGAGACUGACCUGGCAGAGACCAACCCCACUGCUUUCGCCCUCAAACUACAGGAGGAACUGGUUCUAGCUGCUCUGAGGAUAGAGGCUCUUCAGGUAGCCAAAUACAUCUCAGACAGCCCCUCCCUCUCCACUGUCACCCCCCAGCAGAGAGACAGAGAAGUGAUGUCAUCAACACUGGACAGGGACUGCGCAGAUACCAAGAGUUCUCUCUACACCCGGACAGCGGGCUACGGAGAGGGGGACAGGGAGAGCCCCUACCCACCCAAAGACAUGGAGCACUCCCUGGGCAUCGCACGAGAAGAGAUCGUGUCCAAGGAGAAGGAGGUACUGGAAUGGCAGAGGAAGUACGAGGACAGUCGACAGGAAGUGCUGGAGAUGAGGAGAAUUGUGGCAGAGUAUGAGAAGACCAUUGCACAGAUGAUCGACGAUGAGCAGAAGGAUAAGUCUCUGUCUCACCACACCAUCCAGCAGCUGAUCAUAGAGAAGGACCAGGCUCUUUCAGACCUCAACUCUGUAGAGAAGAGUCUGGCUGAACUGUUCAGACGUUACGAGAAGCUGAAGGACGUCCUCGAGGGCUACCGCAAGAAUGAGGAGGUGCUGAAGAAAUGCGCUCAGGAGUAUCUGUCCAGGGUCCGUAAGGAGGAACAACGUUACCAGGCCCUGAAGAUCCACGCCGAGGAGAAACUAGACAAGUGAGUGCACCUCGCACACGCUGGUUGCA